CCGGAGGCAUUUAGAUUAUAAUUAACUGGUACCUAAGUGUAACAGUGGAUUGCCGUAAAAAAUAAUUUAAUUCAUUCAGUCACUCACGCGGUCGGCGGCGUGGUGUCGGGGACGGCAAUCUAGUGGUGCAACCUAAAAGAGGAACACGUUUUUCAGAGUCUGGGAGACAAUGGGAACGUUAGUAAAUAACAUAACAGAAUAUUACCACUAUGUCAACGAAGAUCUUGCAGACCCUCGGACGAACCACUUCCCCCUGGUGUCGAACCCGUUGCCGGUAAUGACGAUCAUGUACGUGUACCACCGGUUCGUGCGCUCGUGGGGCCCGGCCUUUAUGGCCAACCGGCCGCCGUACAAACUCAAGACGCUUAUCAUAUGCUACAACGUAUUACAAAUUGUCUUGUCAGGAUAUUUAGCUUUACAGUGUUUGACCCGGCUGUACCUGUCGGGCUACUACAGCCUGUGGUGUCAGAAGAUUAUCUACGAAGACACCCCGCUGGAGAGGAUGGUCGUCCACCGCGUCUGGCUCUACUACAUGAUCAAGCUCGUAGAUUUAUUAGACACGGUAUUUUUUGUACUACGCAAGAAGUUCUCCCAGGUGUCCUUCCUCCACGUGUACCACCACCUAGGCAUGUGUCUGCUCGGGUACAUAGGCACCAAAUAUGUGCCAGGUGGACACGGCAUCAUGCUGGGCUUCAUCAACUCAAUGGUGCACGCGGUCAUGUACUCGUAUUACCUGGUCUCGAUCGUGCGGCCGCACUGGGUGCGUCAGUGGUGGAAGAAAUACAUCACGCAGUUACAGAUUCUGCAGUUCUUGAUCUUGAUCCUGCACUUCGGCCACGUGUUGUUCGAACCGUCAUGCGAAUACCCCAAGUGGAUAUCUUUCAUGUUCCUACCGCAUAACAUAUUCAUUUUAUUUUUAUUUUCUGACUUCUAUAUCAAAGAAUAUAUUCUUAAGAAAAAUAAAAAUAAAUAAGUUAGGUAGAUAGAUAUUAGUUGAAUAAAUAUUUUAAGUUAUAACUACAAUA